AUGGAGAAUGAAUUUCUUAGUAAAGUUGAGGAUAAUACGGCCGUCCGUGCAUGGUCAGAGAAGUUGCAAACCGAGAAAGGGGAUAGCCUGGCAGAAGGAUAUACAUCAGAGUUGCAGAAUUUUACCUGCAUCAUUGUGACACAGAACGAGCAGCAGGAGUUGAAGGAUAUAUGGACUAGUUGGGAUGAGGGCACUAAACAGUUGUUCUACCAAAGUUAUGGUGAUAUACCGUACUUACUUGAUGUUAAGGUGGAUAAGCGUUUGUUCCGAGGUAUAGCUCAAUUUUGGAAUGCCGCUUAUAAUUGUUUCACAUUUAGAGAAGUAGAUUUGGUUCCUACCUUAAAAGAAUACACUACUUUGUUGAGGAGUUCAAAGGCUCAAGCCAGGAAAAUUUAUGCUAAGAUUACUAAUAGUCAAACUUUUGUGAAGAGGUUGGUGAAUAUUUCGGGGAUGAGUGAAUCUUGGGUCACUGUUCGAAUUCAACAGAAGGGGGAUAGCAAGUGUAUUCCUUGGGAAAAUUUGAGAGAUUUGAUUUUGACACACCUAGAUGAGAAGAAAAGGGUUCAAAUUUUUGCCUUAAGCAUCUAUGGGUUGGUGAUUUUUCCUAGGGCUUUAAGACGUGUUGAUGAGGCAGUAACUGAUUUGUUUGAUCGUCUCGGGAAAGGAGUCACACCUGUACCUGCAAUACUGGCCGAGACGUGUAGAUCUUUGAGCAUGUGCCGGAAGGCCGGGGAAGGUCGAUUUAUUAGCUGCGCACAGUUGUUAAUGGUAUGGUUUCAUUGGCAUUUUUGGAAAGUAGAUAAGGUAUCGUACCGAGUUUUCUCCGAAGGCUACUCCCCGUUAAAAGAAGAGAUAGCAAUGCAAAUGAGAGAUGAUAUUUCAGAAGAGAAACGGAUGGAAAUUCUCCAAAAUCUCAAGGAAGAUGAUGUAGAGUGGAGGGCUUUCUGGAUGUAUAAGUCGAGGCAGUUCAUACUUACGACACACGGAUUGGCUCAGUGUGAACUUCUAUAUAAAAGAGGCCACUAUAGGAAGAAGGUUCGAGAAUUGUCUGAUGCUUGGAGGCAGAUGCACAGGAUGAAAAGGUUGACUGUUGGCUCUAUGGUAACACCCGAAUAUAAUAGAUGGUUUAGAAAAAGGGUCAAUGACAAUAUUCCUAGACUGAGUUUGGAAAGCGCUCGACCAAUGGAGAAACAGUUACAAAUUGCCCUGUCGGAGUUGGAAAUUAUAAAUCAGGAUUUUGAGAAAAAGAGUUUUGAGUUCAGGAAGAAGAUUGAGCAGUUGGAAGAAGAGAAGAUGCACUUGAAGUUAGAAGUGGAGAUUCAAAAGUCAGAGACAGAAAAGCUACAGAAAAGGAAAGGUAAAGUUGAGGAAGAUUUGGAAAGUUUGAAAACAGAUUAUAAGAAGCUGUGUUUAUCAAUGAGAACUACUGGGUUAGGAAAGACUUCGGAACAAUGGUGCCAAGAGGUUUGA